CUUUGGACAGCUUCCGGUGAACUUCCGUUCCCCCACUGCACGUUUCCCUCCCGUUGUAUAGAGAAGCGGUAAACGUCUCCGUGUCGUUUUAAAGUAUUUUGAAGACAAAAUGAGCAAAGCGCACCCCCCCGAGUUGAAGAAGUUCAUGGACAAGAAGCUUUCACUGAAGCUGAAUGGAGGCAGACACGUGCAGGGCAUCCUGCGCGGGUUCGACCCCUUCAUGAACCUGGUGGUGGACGAGUCUCUGGAGAUGGGCCCAGGAGGACAGCAGAACACCAUCGGCAUGGUGGUGAUUCGAGGAAACAGCAUCAUCAUGUUGGAGGCCUUGGAGAGAGUAUGAGGAGAGUCAUCCACACCUUUUCACUUUGUUUUGUAACCAGCCCAUCCGAUCAUAGACCGUUCUGUUUGGAUAUAUUUUGAAAUGCGUUAUCCUGUGAAUAAAUGCCUUUUUCUUUGUG